AUGGCCGCCGCCGGCGCCCGGCGUAGCCCCGGCCCCGGCUUGGCGCUCCGGGGGCGGCCGAGGCUAGGCUUCCACCCGGGGCCGCCGCCACUGCCGCCGCCACUGCUGCUGCUGUUUCUGCUCCUGCUGCCGCCGCCGCUGCUGGCCGGCGCCACCGCCGCCGCCUCGCGGGAGCCCGACAGCCCAUGCCGGCUCAAGACAGUCACGGUGUCCACGCUGCCCGCCCUGCGGGAGAGCGACAUCGGCUGGAGCGGCGCCCGCUCUGGGGCCGCGGCCGGGGCCGGGGCUGGGACCGGGGCCGGAGCCGCCGCCGCCGCCGCCGCCGCCGCCGCGGCUGCCGCGUCCCCGGGCUCCGCGGGCUCUGCCGGCACAGCCGCCGAGUCGCGCCUCCUGCUCUUUGUGCGUAACGAGCUGCCGGGGCGCAUCGCAGUGCAAGAUGACCUGGACAACACCGAGCUGCCCUUCUUCACCCUGGAGAUGUCUGGUACGGCCGCGGACAUCUCGCUGGUGCACUGGAGACAGCAGUGGCUGGAGAAUGGCACCUUGUACUUCCACGUCUCCAUGAGCAGCUCUGGGCAGCUGGCCCAGGCCACUGCCCCCACGCUCCAGGAACCCUCGGAGAUUGUCGAGGAGCAGAUGCACAUCCUCCAUAUUUCCGUCAUGGGUGGCCUCAUCGCACUGCUGCUGCUGCUGCUGGUGUUCACGGUGGCCCUGUACGCCCAGAGGCGCUGGCAGAAGCGCCGCCGCAUCCCCCAGAAGAGCGCAAGCACAGAAGCCACUCAUGAGAUCCACUACAUCCCGUCAGUGCUCCUGGGUCCCCAGGCCCGGGAGAGUUUCCGCUCCUCCCGGCUGCAGGCCCACAAUUCUGUCAUCGGAGUGCCCAUCCGGGAGACCCCCAUCCUGGAUGACUAUGACUAUGAGGAGGAGGAGGACCCGCCCCGGCGGGCCAACCACGUCUCCCGGGAGGAUGAGUUUGGCAGCCAGGUGACCCACACCUUGGACAGCUUGGGACGGCCAGGCGAAGAAAAGGUGGACUUUGAGAAGAAAGCAGCAGCUGAGGCGACGCAGGAGACAGUGGAGUCCCUGAUGCAGAAGUUCAAGGAGAGUUUCCGCGCUAACACGCCCAUCGAGAUCAGUCAGCUGCAGCCAGCCCCGCGCAGCGCCUCGGCAGGGAAGCGGAAGCGGAGGAGCAAGUCUCGAGGGGGGAUCAGCUUUGGGAGAACCAAGGGGACUUCAGGUUCAGAAGCAGAUGAUGAAACACAACUGACGUUCUACACAGAGCAGUACCGCAGUCGCCGUCGCAGCAAAGGUUUACUGAAGAGUCCAAUGAACAAGACAGCCCUGACACUGAUUGCGGUGAGCUCCUGCAUCCUGGCUAUGGUGUGUGGCAGCCAGAUGUCCUGUCCACUCACUGUGAAGGUGACUCUGCAUGUACCUGAGCACUUCAUUGCAGACGGGAGCAGCUUCGUGGUGAGCGAAGGCAGCUACCUGGACAUCUCCGACUGGUUAAACCCGGCCAAGCUCUCCCUGUAUUACCAGAUCAAUGCCACCUCCCCGUGGGUGAGGGACCUCUGUGGACAAAGGACAACAGAUGCCUGUGAGCAGCUCUGCGACCCAGAAACUGGAGAGUGCAGCUGUCAUGAAGGCUAUGCCCCCGACCCUGUUCACCGACACCUCUGUGUGCGCAGUGACUGGGGACAGAGUGAAGGACCUUGGCCUUAUACGACACUUGAGAGGGGCUAUGAUCUGGUGACAGGGGAGCAAGCCCCUGAAAAGAUUCUCAGCUUGGGCCAAGGCCUCUGGCUUCCUGUGAGCAAAAGCUUUGUGGUUCCACCCGUGGAGCUGUCCAUCAAUCCCCUGGCCAGUUGCAAGACAGAUGUGCUCGUCACUGAAGACCCUGCAGAUGUCAGGGAAGAAGCGAUGCUGUCCACGUACUUUGAAACCAUCAAUGACCUGCUGUCCUCCUUCGGGCCAGUUCGUGACUGCUCUCGGAACAACGGGGGCUGCACUCGCAACUUCAAGUGCGUGUCUGACCGCCAGGUGGACUCUUCAGGAUGCGUGUGCCCAGAGGAGCUCAGGCCCAUGAAGGACGGCUCUGGCUGCUACGACCACUCCAAAGGCAUUGAUUGCUCUGAUGGCUUUAACGGCGGCUGUGAGCAGCUGUGCCUGCAGCAGACGCUUCCUUUGCCCUACGAUGCCACCUCCAGCACCAUCUUCAUGUUCUGCGGUUGUGUGGAGGAGUACAAACUGGCUCCCGAUGGAAAAUCCUGCCUAAUGCUCUCAGAUGUCUGCGAGGGCCCCAAGUGCCUCAAACCUGACUCCAAAUUCAACGACACCCUCUUUGGAGAGAUGCUACAUGGUUACAACAACCGGACCCAGCAUGUGAACCAAGGCCAAGUCUUCCAGAUGACCUUUAGGGAGAACAACUUCAUCAAGGACUUCCCCCAGCUGGCCGACGGGCUGUUGGUGAUCCCGCUACCUGUGGAGGAGCAGUGCAGGGGGGUCCUCUCCGAGCCCCUCCCGGACCUCCAGCUGCUCACUGGAGAUAUCAGGUACGAUGAGGCCAUGGGGUACCCCAUGGUGCAGCAGUGGCGUGUCCGGAGCAACCUCUACAGGGUGAAGCUCAGCACCAUCACCCUCUCAGCAGGCUUCACCAAUGUCCUCAAGAUCCUGACCAAAGAGAGCACUCGGGAUGAGCUUCUGUCCUUCAUCCAGCACUACGGCUCCCACUACAUCGCAGAGGCCCUCUACGGCUCAGAGCUCACCUGCAUCAUCCACUUCCCCAGCAAGAAGGUCCAGCAGCAGCUGUGGCUCCAGUACCAGAAAGAGACCACAGAACUGGGCAGCAAGAAGGAGCUCAAGUCCAUGCCCUUCAUCACCUACCUUUCAGGUCUGCUGACGGCACAGAUGCUGUCUGAUGACCAGCUCAUCUCAGGUGUGGAGAUUCGCUGUGAGGAGAAAGGCCGCUGUCCUUCUACCUGCCACCUUUGCCGGAGGCCGGGCAAGGAGCAGCUGAGCCCCACACCAGUGCUGCUGGAAAUCAACCACGUGGUCCCACUUUACACCCUCAUUCAAGACAAUGGCACAAAGGAGGCUUUCAAGAGUGCACUGAUGAGUUCCUACUGGUGCUCAGGGAAAGGGGACGUGAUCGAUGACUGGUGCAGGUGUGACCUCAGUGCCUUUGAUGCCAGUGGGCUCCCCAGCUGCAGCCCCCUUCCGCAGCCGGUGCUGCGGCUGUCCCCAACAGUGGAGCCCUCCAGCACUGUGGUCUCCUUGGAGUGGGUGGAUGUUCAGCCAGCUAUUGGGACCAAGGUCUCCGACUAUAUUCUGCAGCACAAGAAAGUGGAUGAAUACACAGACACCGACCUUUACACAGGAGAAUUCCUGAGUUUUGCUGAUGACUUACUCUCUGGCCUGGGCACAUCUUGUGUAGCAGCUGGUCGAAGCCAUGGAGAGGUCCCUGAAGUCAGUAUCUAAUUGGUCAUCAUCAAGUGCCUGGAGCCCAAUGGUCUCUACAAGUAA